UCGGAUUCUGAUCUUAUCAGUCAAGCUGGAGUAGAGGAUUAACCAAUGUUUCCAUCUCCUUCGACUAUGUCCUCUUCGUCGGCCAGCCCCAUGAGCGAGCCGGGGCCCAGCCCCGGUCCUUCUGCCCAGAAAGUGAAGCAAAGAAGACCGAAUAGGAGCUGCGAUACGUGCCGAACCAGAAAAAGUAACGCCCCGAAGGAUGCCCCUUGUAGUAAUUGUGUCGACUUUGGGGCGACGUGCACGUAUCUCGAGCUCCCCAAGAAGCGCGGGCCCAAGAAUCGCCUGGUGGACGAACUACGAAAGCAGAAUGCGUCGUUGGAAGCCCGACUGAGAGCCGCAUCUGUGUGUGCCUUGUGCUCGCAGCCUCUCGAUCGCGACCGGCCCACGCCAUUUCGGAAUGAGCACACCACUGGGUCGCACAUGAUCUCUCCUCAAGAGUGGAACGAGGACGACGAAGACGACGACGAGCUUACAGCCAAGCUCAGCCAAUUCUCGAUCUCUGCCAUGAAGAACAAGUACUUUGGUACGGUGUCGACAUAUUCGCUUGCCAACAAUGCUAUCCAGGCGAAAGAGACUAAAGUUGGGCGUCCGAUGGCAGCCAAUUACAAGCGCAUGGUUUUCUGGCAAACUCCGGCGUGGGAAAAAGCGUACUACAAUGACCAGCCACAUUACACUUUUCCUGAAGACGAUUUGAUGGUAUCGCUGGUCCAGCUGUACUUUGACCGGAUACAUCCGACAUUCCCAAUACUGCACCGACCCACUUUCCAGCGCUCGCUUGCAGAGGGUCUGCACUUCCGCGAUCCCCACUUUGCCACAAUGCUGCUUGCGUUGCUAGCCAUGGCUUCGAGGCACUCGAACGAUCCACGCGUCUUUGCCGAUGGUUACUCGGCUGCCUCUGCGGGCUGGAAGUUCGUUGCUCAGACACAGCCCCUACGCAAGACAUUUGAGCCUUCAAUCUAUCAUGUCCAAUUCUAUGCUGCAAGUUUCUUGGCUUUUCGCAGUCUCUUUCGUCUCAUUGGCCGCCCAGCUUAUGACCCUGUAUCUGAUCGGAACGGCGCUUCCGCAGGCUUGUUGGUUCUAUCUGGUAAGCGCGCCUAUACUCAUCUUUCCGGCACAAAUGCGACAUCCUACAGGGUUUAGGCAUCCGCUUCCUCCAGCAACGGGGUCAGCACCGCACAAAGCGGCAGCCCGGAUCGCCUGAUCCUGAAAGUGAGUUGUGGAACCGAGCGUUUUGGGCAUUCAUUUGUCUCGAUCGAACGGUGUGCGCCUUUAUCGGCCGUCCUCUUGCCUUCCACAUCGAAGAUUAUGAAGUCGACCCUCCUCUCGAAGUCGACGACGAGUACUGGGACCAAGGGUUCGUGCAACCACCGGGGGUUCCUUCUGCAUAUUCCUUUUUCGUCUACUAUCUGCAGUAUAGCGAGAUCCUCGCAGAUGCUAUCCGUCGUCUCUAUGCUACUCGACGAACAAAGGCGAGAAUGGGCUGGAUUGGGAAAGAAUGGGAGCAACAGAUUCUCGCGGAACUCGAUUCGGCGCUGGAGGCACUGAGCACGUCCCUUCCAAUCCAUUUGCGAUGGAAUCCCGAGAACAUGCCCCAAGACCCUCUGAUUAUGGAUCAAGCGGCCACUUUGCACAUUGUGGAAAAUUAUGUCACGAUUUUGAUUCAUCGGCCUUUCAUCCAACGGAAUAACGAAUUGGCUACCCGCUCACAUUCCGUUUGCAUCCGGGCGGCUCGUUCCAUCCUGCAUACAGCCGGGGCUUGGUUCAAUCGACUUCACCGUCUACCCACCGUUCACGCACUGAACCCGUGCUUCGUGUCCAACCUGAUUCUUCUUAUGUCAGGCAACGUGGCAGAGCGGGAUCUGGCCCUCAUCGAGAUAGGGAUGCAGAUCAUCAAAUUUUCGGAAACAAGAUGGCAGGCUGCCGGUCGAUUCUGGGACAUGCUGACUGAGCUACGUUCGCUGGACCGCCAGCCUCGCGCACAGCCGAACAAGUUGCAGCAGAGGAAUAUAGCACCUCCUCGAGCACCGACUGGUUUUGCAACACAGCAGACAUCCCAGCACUCGGAAUUGUUCAAUGCAGUAGCUCCUGAUCCGCUGUGGUAUGCGAAGAUGGCACGUUCCGCCCAACCUCCCUCACCGCUUUUCAAACCGGGAAUGUCCAUCGAGCAGCUGCUGGCAAACACCGGCCCUUUCCAGCCGCUGGACUUCACUUUGGACGACCAGAUGAUGGAUCUGGAUGAUCGAUCCAUGUCGACGUGGAUGUCCACCCCAAUGCAUCUCUCGGAUCUGCGACAAUGGGAUGCAUACAUCGGCAGCAUGAAUGUGGGCGGUGGGAAUCGACCUCAAUGGGCGCAUUGAGAAUCUCUUCAUACGACCUCAGCGCUUGAAUUCUAGAUGUACUGUACAUUCAUCAACAUGUAUCACGUCGUAGCCAAUAGAUCGGAUCCGGCGGCCCGCCCCAUUUGACACAUCGG